AUGGGUAACGCACAAUGGGUGUUACAACAGAAACUGAAAGCUCUUUCCAGGAAACUAAGUUACUGGUCAAAGAAUGUCAUUGGAAAUGUGUUUGACAAGGUUCAACAAUGGAAAAAUAUACCAAAGAUAUGGAAGAGAGGAAAUGCAGAUAUCUCUGAUGUAGCAAUAGAAAAUUUUUCUGAUAUUUUCACUAAGGAGGAUACACAAAAUCAUCAUAGUAUUUUUAGAAAUCUGGAAGCCACUAUCACAGCUGAAGACAACAUAAAGUUUCACGAGAUUCCUACAGAAGAAGAGAUAAAAGAUGCAGUCUUUUUCAUCAAUCCUGACAGUGCUACUGUCCCUCUUUGUGAUGUUCUUGCUGAGAAUGGAAAGGUAGAGCAAGAAUUCACUUUGUCCUCAAGUGAUCUCUUCUAUUCUCCUUUAGAUUCUGUGCAAUUGACACUUACAUAUACUGGUGCAACCCUUGAAAGUCUUGGAGAAAAUGUGGCUGACAUCAAAAAGUUAGAGACUCUCACCCUGAGUUCUUCAGCCGAAAGUUCUCCAUCAAACUCAAUUCCCAAGCAAACAUCAAGCGCUCCAAGCGAGGAAACUGCACUGUCUCUGAAGGAAAGUAAAGACAAUGCCAAAGCAGUUGAUAGCACCUCGCCUGCUGUGGCUGCUAGCACAUUCACAUUGCCAGUUGUUAACUUGAACAUUGCACCAGAGAAAAAGCUUGUGCAGCAAGACAUAGUGGAUAUACAUAAUAAAAGUAUGCAGCAAUUUGCUGAAGAUCUAGAAAAGAUGAAACUUCCUCUGAGAUAUUGA